CUAAAACAUAAGCGUAUAGUCUACCCCUAGAUCCUGGAAAAGAACGUUUAUUUUUUCGUAACUCGCCGGUAAAAUGUACUCGUUUCAAAUAGCGAUCUCUGAAACACCGACCGUGACAACUUUCGGAAAUGUUCGAACUUAACUUAGUGCCUUCCCUGAGCCCCGUGUCGAGACCCCCGCCCCCCCGCUCGUAGUCCCACCAGUACAUAUUCUAAAUAAAAGGUUAAUAAAUGACGUUGGCAGAAAUGAGCUGAUGCUCACAGAAAAUGAGAAACUACAGGCGCAGCUCGAGCCAAAUAAGAUGAUAAACCAGUUAAGGGUCGUAGAACUAAGCCCGCGGCUAACUACAGAAUGAGUAGUCAGCUACUGCAGAAUGAGUAGUCAGGAUGAAAGAGCGAGUCUACUAGUGGGUCAGCAAUCACUGACAAGCUCGUCACCUGCGAAUUGCUCGAAACCAGUUUUAAUGCGCCAGGAAUGCACCACUUUUUUGGUUUCUUCGCAACAUCCGCAACUAUCGGUCUUCUCUGACAGCGAGGAGGACGGUUCUGUUUGUUUGGAAGAAAACAGCACCAGGUCGGUGCCUGAUAUCGAGUUACAUUGCAGAUUAGACGUAAAAGGAUGCAAGCAAAACAUUCCAGCCCACCCUUCGCGCAAUCGCAGUUCGUCGAACGCCUUCCAACUGGCGCCAUACUCCUCGAUGGCCACCAGGGGUAUCCUGGAACGACGGACGUCCACCACUCCUGCUUCGACUUUAAAAAUUGGACGUUCUGUAUCCAGGGAGAGCGUCCGUUCGAUCCACCACUGCACCUGUCCUUGUCUCAACGCGCCGGUGUCGUGCUCCUCUUGUCCAGUAGCACCUGCGGCGAUAGUGACGACCCUGCCGGGAUCCAGGAUAAUCAGGCAAAGUUCGCAGCCAGAGGCGUCCGCCGCCCCCUAUUGCGGAGUCAGCUGUGCUCACCAUGGGGGGGCGGGGGUGGGGCAUCCCUCGAGUUCACUCAGGCAACUUAGGGACCAUGACUCCGGGGGAGGCAUUGCCGGCAUCGCUGCCGAUUCUCUACGAAUUAAUGGCGCCAUGCGACAUUUUCGCCAGUUAAGAAAGCCAGUUUCGACCCUCUCGAUACCCGGGGCGGUGAAAAACUCGAGUCGCGACUCCGGGGGCGGGGGUGUCAAGAUGCAGCACGAGGAAAUCGGGGGUGUGGCCCUGGUUGGGGUGGAUUAUCCCCGUUUUACCGAGGAUCGCACCAUAGGAACCAGCUACAAAGGACCAUCUUCAGGUAGCCUUAAGCACAAGCCCAACGUGGGCUACCGCUUGGGCAGGAGGAAAGCGUUAUUCGAGAAAAGGAAACGAAUAAGCGAUUAUGCCUUGGUCAUGGGGAUGUUCGGGAUUAUUGUGAUGGUUAUAGAAAACGAACUCUCUAGUGCCGGAGUGUACCGUAAGGAUGAAUUUUACUCAAUUGCACUCAAAACUUUGAUAUCUGUAUCGACUGUGAUUCUUUUGGGCCUCAUUGUAGCCUAUCAUGCUUUAGAAGUACAGCUUUUCAUGAUAGACAACUGUGCCGACGACUGGCGAAUAGCGAUGACCUGGCAACGUAUAUGCCAAAUAUCAAUGGAAUUAAUAAUUUGUGCGGUCCAUCCGAUCCCCGGUCAUUACCGGUUCGUGUGGACAACGAAGUUAGCGAAUAAGCAAAACGGUGGGAUCGGAUCGAAAUGCGUACCAUACGACGUGCCCUUAUCGUUACCUAUGUUCCUUAGACUGUACCUAAUUUGCAGAGUGAUGUUGUUGCAUAGUAAAUUAUUCACGGACGCAUCGUCGCGUAGUAUAGGUGCUUUAAAUCGAAUUAAUUUUAAUACGCGGUUUGUGCUCAAAACUUUGAUGACCAUUUGUCCCGGGACGGUGCUUCUUGUCUUUAUGGUUUCCCUUUGGAUUAUCGCCAGCUGGACGUUACGACAAUGCGAGAGAUUUCACGAUGAAGAACACGCAAAUUUAUUAAACGCCAUGUGGUUAAUAGCGAUCACCUUCUUAAGCGUUGGAUUUGGUGACAUCGUACCGAACACUUACUGUGGAAGGGGUAUAGCAGUGAGCACAGGGAUCAUGGGUGCAGGUUGUACGGCAUUAUUAGUAGCAGUAGUUUCCAGGAAGUUGGAAUUGACCAGGGCGGAGAAACAUGUUCAUAAUUUUAUGAUGGACACUCAACUUACUAAAAGGUUAAAAAAUGCGGCAGCAAAUGUGUUAAGAGAAACGUGGUUAAUAUAUAAACAUACAAGGCUAGUGAAAAGGGUUAAUCCGGGAAGAGUGAGGACCCACCAAAGGAAGUUCUUACUUGCCAUUUAUGCGUUAAGGAAGGUUAAAAUGGACCAACGAAAACUUAUGGAUAAUGCUAAUACUAUAACGGAUAUGGCCAAGACUCAAAAUACGGUGUAUGAAAUCGUCUCGGACAUGAGCACGAGGCAGGAUACUUUAGAAGAUAGACUUACUACUUUAGAAGAAAAACUAUCGGCACUCCAGGAAUCAUUAGAACUUCUUCCAGACUUACUCGCUACAAGGAUACAAACACAACAAGAAAAACUGGAACAAAAACGUAAUUUCCUACAUCCCGAGUCGGCGGCGGGUUUGCAACAAUCUCGCAGCGUACCGCCCGCGUGUCCUUGGCCAGGGCCGCCCCCGAUGACGAGUAGCCGCCUGGCGCCAUCUACCGCACAGUCACAGAGCUAGGGAUAGGCCAACUAUUGUUGUAUUUGUUAAGGACCUUAUUAUAUUGUAAAGAACGAAUUUUAUAAAAUAUUAUUUAUGAUUUCGAUGCUUAUACACUAAUCUAGGUUUCCUUGUCAAUAGAGUGAUUAAUUAAUUAGCUAGCUAAACCUCAACCAACAUUAAUAUUAUAAAAAUAGUUUAUAAACUCAGACCAAUGUUAGAUGAUGAUAAAAUUGUUAUUUUAAAAAUUUCUUAGGUGGUAAGUCUUUGCAGAAACGUCUAUUUGGCCAAAGAACAUUAUAUAAACCAAACACAUUGUUUAUUGGUGUUUUGUACCGUAUAUUUUAUUGCUAAAAAAAGUUUAGAGAAUAGUCAUUAAAGAUAUAUUUAUUGACAUGUAAUUUUUCCGCUUAUUCAUGGUAUAUUUGGCGAACGCAUUGGAAUCACGUGCAUCACGGUGGUCUUUUGGUGAGAUAACUUCCCCUUUAGUCCUUUAACCAAACAAAAACUAACAGUGGCCUUAAUAAUCAAAAACUGACAUCAAAGGGAACAGAGGGACAAUAAUGACAACGAAUUUAAUUUUUACAGUGCACAAAUUACAACCCCCACAACACACCCCCUCCCCCCCCACGUUGAUUUAACCGAUUAUGUCAAAUAUUCACAAGAAACUCCUAAUUUUGUUUAAUAUCUGACAUAUUCCAAUAUAACCCUCGUGCCAACUAAAUGAACUUCCGCCAAACUGAUUUUUAUAGUUCACAUUCCAUUUCACUCUCUCACCACGUCGUUUGGCGAGAGUUGAUUUACGCGGACGACAGGCAUGUUAUAACAGAAGAUUCUCCCUGGAAGAAGUUGGUGCGAGCAGAGGCCUGCCAAAAGAAGGGACCCUUGGAAUUCUACCAGUCUGGUAUAUUCUGAAACUUUUGAGGCUAAUUAGAUAUUUAAUCAGUAUUACUUUCAUUAAGGGCUCGCGUGUAUUUUCAUUGUGUAAAUAUCAUCACUUGUCGUGUGCCAUUAAACUUGCCAAAAAAAAAAAAAGAAUUUAAAUGGAAUUUUGUACGUGAUUCCAAGACGCUCGCUCGUAUAUUUUAAAUAAAUGCCUAGAUUUGAAGAUAAAAAAAAAGGUUCAAAAUAGCCAUGUAUAAGAAUAGCAAGUAGGUUGUUUUUUGUAGUUUAUACUGAAAUCAUUUAUGCAACUAAAUAAAGAAGCACAAAAUAUUACUGAA